AUGGGGCCGGCGGCCGGCAGCACCGCGCUGCUGCUCUGCUGGCUCAGCGGCUGCUGCGCGGCCAUCAGCUCCAUGGACAUCGAGCGGCCCGGCGACGGCCGCUGCCAGCCCAUCGAGAUCCCCAUGUGCAAGGAUAUCGGCUACAACAUGACCAGGAUGCCCAACCUGAUGGGGCACGAAAACCAAAGGGAAGCUGCCAUUCAGCUGCACGAGUUUGCCCCCUUGGUGGAGUACGGGUGCCACAGCCAUCUGAAAUUUUUCCUGUGCUCCCUCUACGCCCCGAUGUGCACGGAGCAGGUUUCCACCCCGAUCCCAGCCUGCAGGGUGAUGUGCGAGCAGGCGAGGCUGAAGUGCUCCCCGAUCAUGGAGCAGUUCAAUUUUAAGUGGCCGGACUCGUUGGACUGCAGCAAACUGCCCAAAAAGAACGACCCCAAUUACCUGUGCAUGGAAGCCCCCAACAACGGGUCGGAUGAGCCGCCCCGGGGCUCCAGCAUGCUGCCCCCCAUGUUUCGUCCCCAGCGGCCCAGCAGCGGGCACGAUCUGCAGCAGCACAAGGACAGCCUGAGCAGGGCGUCCUGCGAAAACCCCGGCAAGUUCCACCAUGUGGAAAAGAGCGCUUCCUGCGCGCCGCUCUGCACGCCGGGGGUGGAUGUCUACUGGAGCAGGGAUGACAAACAGUUUGCUGUCAUUUGGAUUGCCAUCUGGUCCAUCCUGUGCUUCUUCUCCAGCGCUUUCACUGUACUCACUUUUCUCAUCGAUCCUCAGCGGUUCAAGUACCCCGAGAGGCCCAUUAUCUUCCUGUCCAUGUGCUACUGCGUCUACUCGGUGGGGUACAUCAUCCGCCUCUUCUCAGGUGCUGAAAGCAUUGCCUGCGACAGGGACAGCGGCCAGCUCUAUGUCAUCCAGGAGGGGCUGGAGAGCACCGGCUGCACCAUCGUGUUCCUGGUUCUCUAUUACUUUGGCAUGGCCAGCUCCUUGUGGUGGGUGAUCCUGACCCUGACCUGGUUUCUGGCCGCUGGGAAGAAGUGGGGGCACGAGGCCAUCGAAGCCAACAGCAGCUACUUCCACCUGGCAGCCUGGGCCAUCCCGGCCGUGAAGACCAUCAUGAUCCUGGUGAUGAGGAGGGUGGCUGGCGACGAGCUGACAGGGCUCUGCUAUGUUGGCAGCAUGGAUGUGAACGCCUUGACGGGGUUUGUGCUCAUUCCUUUGGCUUGUUAUCUAAUCAUUGGCACUUCUUUUAUUCUUUCUGGCUUUGUGGCCCUUUUUCAUAUCAGGAGGGUGAUGAAAACAGGUGGAGAAAACACCGACAAGUUGGAGAAGCUUAUGGUCAGGAUUGGUGUCUUCUCGGUCUUGUACACAGUGCCUGCAACUUGCGUGAUAGCUUGCUAUUUUUAUGAGAGACUGAACAUGGAUUACUGGAAAAUUGUGGCAACUCAACAGAAAUGCAAGAUGAACAAUCAGACUAAAAAUUUAGACUGCAUGAUGAAUAACUCUAUCCCAGCAGUAGAAAUUUUUAUGGUCAAAAUUUUUAUGUUGUUAGUUGUGGGCAUUACUAGUGGCAUGUGGAUCUGGACUUCCAAGACCCUUCAAUCCUGGCAAAAUGUUUGUAGUCGGAGAUUAAAGAAGAGAAGUAGGAGAAAACCCGCAAGUGUUAUUACGAGUGGUGGGAUCUACAAAAAACCUCAACAUCCACAGAAAACUCACCUUGCAAAAUAUGAAUCAACAUUACAGCCGCCCACCUGUGUGUGACCAGGUUGUAGAAAAGACUGUAUCUCACCUCACAGACUUACCAAUGUCCACAGUAGCAGUCAGAAAUUAAAAAAUGGUGCUCUUUUUGUCAGAACAUUUUAAUAUCUCAAGGCACAAAAAUGUAUCAUGCUGAAUUGAGGACCUGGUGAA